ACAUACCAAGCAUAAUAUUAUGCUAGUGCUUAUUUUUCUUCUGCUCAUUUGCAAAUUUGAGUAUUGUUACUCAAAUUACGUUGCUAGUUGCAUUGAAAGGGAACGAAUUGCUCUUCUUCAAUUUAAAGAAAGCUUAAUUGAUACAUCAAACCGUCUCUCUUCAUGGAGUGGUCUUGAUUGUUGUGAAUGGGAGGGAAUUUCUUGUAGCUCAACAACUGGCCAUGUCCUAAAGCUUGAUUUGCACAACCCAGCUGCAUAUGAUUAUGAUAUUGAGAAUUACUUGGGAGGUGAGAUCAAUCAUUCUCUUAUCAACUUAACACAUUUGAAUUACCUUGAUCUAAGCUUCAACCGUUUUUCUAUGAUCCAAAUUCCUGAAUUUUUCGGAUCUUUCAAAAACUUGAGGUAUCUUAACAUCUCAAGCUCUGGUUUUGUGGGAAAUAUUCCCACUCAUCUUGGAAAUCUUUCAAGUUUAGAGUAUCUCGACCUUGGAGACGGUGCUUUAAGUAUAUGUCCAUUUUGUAAUUAUUUGGCUACAGAUAAUUUGGACUGGUUGGCUAGCCUUUCUUCCCUAAAAAGCCUUGACAUGUCAGGAAUUUCAAUUUGGUAUAGUGAAGAUUGGUUACGCACAAUCAACAAGCUUGUGUCUUUAUCUUCUUUAAACUUGGCUGAUUGUGAGCUCAACACAACUAGUCUUGUUUCACAUGUUAACUCCACCUCUCUCAUCUCCCUUGAUCUCAGUUGGAAUAGUUUAGAUUAUGCAAUCCUUCCAUGGUUGUUUAAUCUCACAAGACUAGAGCAUUUGAAUAUAGGCGACAGCUUUUUUAUUUCUCAAAAUAGCUUUACAGGCACACUGGUUCCGUUGUGUAAGUUGCACAAUUUGAUUUUUAUGGAUCUUAGUUCUAACAAUUUCCAAUGUUCAAUUCCCAAUUGUCUUGGAAACUUGACUUCUUUAACCUCUCUUAGUUUAAGUGAUAAUAGCUUUACAGGUUCAAUUCCAAAUUCCAUGAAUAAAUUGACGGACUUCAUUGCAGUUCUUUCUGAUUGCCUAUUAGAUAGUUUGAAAGAAUUGAAGUUAGAUUCUAACAAUUUCAUUGGUCAACUUCCAAACCAGUUGUACAAGUAUAAGAAUCUGCAAGUCCUUUCUCUGUCUUCAAACUCCUUCUCUGGUCCAAUAAUUGAGUCACUUGGAAAUUUGUCAAUGUUGCAAAUCCUGGAUAUUAGUAACAAUAAGUUUAGUGGUAGUGUUCCCUCUAGUCUUGGUGAACUUUCAAAUCUUGAAGAGUUAGAUAUAUCUAAGAAUUCAUUCGUAGGUGUCCUUUCUGAAUUCCACUUUUCAAAACUCAGUAAGCUUCAAUUUUUGGACAUAUCUAGUAAUUUGUUUGUUUGGAAUGUAAGUUCCACCUGGGUUCCUCCUUUCCAACUCUCUUACAUAGCAAUGGAAUCCAUCAAAAUUGGUCCUCAUUUUCCUCAUUGGCUUCGUACCCAAAGAAAUGUUGGUUCCCUGUUUAUGUCUAAUGCCAGCAUCUCAAGUGCUAUCCCUGAUUGGUUCGAUAUAUUUUUCUGGAAUAACACUGAUUUAGAUCUCUCUAAAAAUCAAAUAAGUGGAGAGCUUUUGAAACCACAUGUUGAAAGUUACAUGGACAAGUUUUAUCUUUCUCUUUCAAACAAUUAUUUGAGUGAUGUCAUCCCCAAGUGGCUAUGUAGUUCUGAAAAUCUAGUGAUUCUUGCUCUAUCUACAAAUCAGUUAUAUGGAGAAAUACCUACAUGCUUGGGAAAACUACAAAACUUGGAAGUUCUUGACUUGGGGAAUAACAAUCUAAGUGGUCACAUUCCAAAUUCAUUGGGAUCUCUUCAAUCGCUAUUCUCUAUGCACUUGCAGAAUAUUGAACUUGAAGGGAAACUCCCGGGAAGCAUGCAGAAUUUAACAAGCCUGGGAAUUUUGGAUUUGAGUGAAAAUAAAUUUAUGGAUGUUAUCCCUUCAUGGAUUGGGGAAAAAUUAUUGAGUUUGCGAUAUCUUAUCUUCUAUAGAAAUAAGUUCUAUGGGGAUAUUCCAUUGCAACUAUGUCAACUGGAUGAUCUUCAAUUGUUAAAUUUGGCAAAUAACAACAUAUCAGGAUACAUCCCACAGUGUUUUGGAAACUUUACUGCAAUGGCUUUUGAUGACGAACAAACAUAUAUUUCGUACUUCAUAUCUAACGGUAAAACGUAUAGAGAUGAAAUUGAUGUAGUCAUAAAAGGAUUAACAUUGCAGUACACUAAAAAUCUUCCAUUCCUAAGAUCCAUAGAUCUUUCAGGGAAUUACAUUGUUGGAAAGAUUCCGGUUGAGAUAAUGAGUUUGCAUGCACUGGAGAACUUGAAUGUUUCUAGAAAUAAUCUAAGUGGACCAAUCCCUGAGACUAUUGGCAAUUUGAGAAAAAUUGAAUCACUUGAUUUAUCUAGAAAUGAACUCUCUGGUACCAUUCCACCAAGCUUGUCAUCUUUGAAUUUUUUGAGCCACUUGAACUUAUCAUUCAACCAUUUAUAUGGGAGAAUACCAACAGGAAGUCAACUUCAGACCCUCAAUGAUCCAUCCAUUUACAUGGGCAACGAAGGACUUUGUGGUGACCCUCUUUCAAAGACUUGCCCCAGUGAUGUACCAUCUUUUGUUAAUCAAUCUAUUAAAAUCAGUAAUGAUGAUGAUCAUGAGUUUUUCAUGUGGUUUUAUGUUGGUAUGGGGCCUGGUUUCUUUGUUGGAUUCAUUGGAGUAUUAAGCAUUCUAUUGUUCGCAAGAUCUUGGAGCUAUGCGUACUUCAAAUUUUUAGAGAUGGCUUACAACAAAGUACUCCAUUAUUUUUCUUAAAGGUCAAUGCUAUUGUCAGUGAGGAAUUGUGUGUUGAAGGUAUUUGUGAUUGUCUUUAAUGUGGAUUACUCUUUGCUCCCAAAUGUGGAUUACUCUUGACAUGUUGGAAGGGAGUUUCUUCCUCUAACCUUGAAAGGCAAAAGAGAAGCUGCUAUGUAUUGUGGAUUGUUGAUUUUGAUAUAAUUUGCAAUUGAUGUUCAUCUUAUUUAUUAUCAAAUUUUCAAUGUCAUGUUUAUUGUAUUUGUCAUACUUAAAACUUUUAAAUAAAUUCCUAUUGAGAUGUGUGUUUAAUAUCA